AUGACUACAUCUACUCAUCGAGAUCAUUUCUUCCAAACUUCUGCAUCCUUGGAGGAACAGGAGAGAAAGGAUGCCAAGUCUCAGAAUUCCAAUGGAAACCCUAUUCGGCUACAGAGCAAGAUUCUAGCUAUCCAUGCCGAUCCAAGGAGUCAAAAGUCUGUCUAUGUUGCGCUAAGUAGUGGAGUGGUUCGUCGAGUGGUACUUGAGACUGGCGAGACUGCCCAAUUAUACAAGGGUCCAACAGCUCCAUUGACAAGUCUGUGUAUCAGCGCAGAUGGUAAACUGUUGUUUGCGGGAUGUUGGGACAAGACCGUGUGGAGCUGGGAUAUUGCCUCAGGCCAACGAAGGCAGAAGUAUGAAGGGCAUGCUGAUUUUGUUCGAGCAGUCAUGUGUGCUCGAUUGAAGGGGAAAGAUUUGCUCAUUACGGGUGGUGCUGAUGCCCAGGUACUCGUCUUCGAUAUUGCAAGCGGUCAGCGAAUUGAGACCUUCAAGGGCCACUCCCGGGGUGUCCAGGACCUCAUUAUUGAUCCCGAGGUAGAUGAAUCCGAAGCCUUGGUGUUCAGUGCGGGAAGCGACCGAGAAAUCCGCCAGUUCAGAAUCUUCGCUGGUGGUGAUUCUGCUGAGCCGCUUCUUCCACAUGAGACCAGUGUCUACAAGCUUUUCUUCGAUCAGGAUGGCGAUCUAUGGACUGUGUCUGCCGAUAAGACAGCUAAGUGCCUGGUACGAGCCGAUGGAUGGAAGCCCAACCUCACUUUAGAACACCCUGACUUUGUCCGGGAUAUUGCUGUCUAUGAGGCCGGUGGGUGGGUGAUCACGGCAUGUCGUGAUGAAGAGGUGCGGGUAUGGCAACGAUCGACUGGUGAGCUCCACCAUGUAUUCUCUGGCCAUUUUGAAGAAGUUACUGGGCUGGUCUUGGUCGGUUCCACUGUGGUCAGUGCUGGCAUUGAUGGCACUAUUCGACAAUGGUCUCUUCAGGCCGAUCAUCUUCAAGAGGCUGUAGAGUUGGCCCAAAAGGGACCUGUGGUGGCUGAAGAUGAGCCUGCUACGGAGUCCAUGCUUACCGAGGAGGAGGAGCGUGAAUUAGCCGAGCUGAUGGGAGAUGAUUAG